AUGGAAUUAACCGCUUUUAGACAUCAGGUAAUGAGCAAAUUCAUUAGAAAACAGUGAGAAUAUUGAAUUGCAGGUAGGAGGACAUUUCGGAAUACUUUUAUGCAACGGCCACGUGGCUAAACCGUCGAAUCUCCGCGAAAUGGCGUUCUAUAAAGUGAUGAACUCGGAGCUGAAGCACUUUUCGCCCGCUUUUUGCAAAGAAGUGGAAGUUCGAGCGUCUGUGAACCAAUCCACGGGACAGAUAGUCGUGGAAGCACUCGAAAAACUGGAUUGUCACAAGAAGAAGUCGUCGAGCAAACACGAGAGGUCCUCCACGGGAUUCCGGCUAACCGAGGAAGGCCGCGUCACAGUCGACACGGAGAAGCAGUGGAAUCCAUGGGCGGCCGGAUGCCAGUGCAAAGUGGUCGAGAGAAUGCUCAAAGAGCCCGACCCCACGCCGUUCCUGCUGCUCGAGAACGUCGUCGCCCACUACACUCGGCCCUGCGUGCUCGAUCUCAAAAUCGGAACGCGGCAGCACGGCGACGAUGCGAGCGAAUCGAAGCGACACCGACAGCUGAUGAAGUGCAGACAUUCGACGUCGGCGACGCUCGGAGUCCGCGUCGUCGGCAUGCAAAUGUACGAGGCGGAGACGAAGACGUAUUCGUAUGUGGAGAAACAGGAGGGCAGAAGAAUCGACGCCGCCGGAUUCAGAGGAUACGUCAAGAGAUUCGUCAAGUGCUGCGGACGAUCCAGGGCGGCCAGAAUACGCCAAAAGUGAGCGGUCCUUCAAGUUGUUCGGGAAUGUACCGUAGUCCUUUCAGACUCGCCAAACUUCGUUCUCUUCUUGCUGAAUUCGAAGGAUAUCGUUUCUUCUCUGCCUCCAUUCUCAUCGCUUUCGACGCGGAAGCUGCCGAUUCUUCGAACGACGACGCCGUCAAAGUGUGCAUUAUCGACUUCGCGCACUCGACAUUCUCCGGUUUCUUCGAGGUAAUAUCGUGUUAAGAAUUCGUAAUAACUUCUGAAUUCCGUCAGGACCUCACGUACUCCGGCGCCGAUGAGGGAUGUCUUCUGGGCAUUGACAGCAUAGUCGAAGCGAUGGACACUCAAAUUGUGGUUGGUUUUGCAGACGGAAUUUAAUUCAUUACAGAAGUAUGUUUUCAGAAAGAUCCGACGCCGCAUAACAACUACGAAAAGAAGAUGUGA